ACUUCAUCAAAGCUUCUUUCUCUCUCUCCCUUGUUAGAAACAAAUAUCCAUUCAAUCUUCUAUCACUGCAAGCAAAAUGAAGCAAAAGGUGUUGAUAAAGGUGAACAUGAACGAUGACAAAUCCAGGUCCAAAGCUUUGAAAACAGUUGUUGGUCUUUCUGGAGUUGAAUCAGCUGCUCUUCAAGGGAAGGAAAGGGAUCAGUUAGAGAUUGUCGGAGAAGGUGUAGAUUCUGUGGUUCUUACAAGGCUUCUUCGGAAAUACGUGGGUUAUGCCGAUUUGAUUUCCGUCGGACCGGUGCCGGAGAAGAAGCCUGAUCAACCGCCUGCAACAGUAGCAGCAGCUAUGGAGGCCACUCCCCAGAUGCCGGUUUGGGCAUACCCUUAUCCAGCUAGUAGUCAAGUUUAUCAAGUCAGAGAUAGUGAACCCACCUGCUCCAUUAUGUAAAUAUAUAUAUAUUGAAAUAUAAGUAUCAGUUUUAUAUGAUUGA